AACCAGAACAAAGCUCCAUUGGGGUCAAGGAGGGGUCUGUGUUUUCACCCAGUUUUCGGACGUUUUUGUCCCAGCCCAGCUGAAACCGGGGAUAUUUUUAGAAAUCUUAAAAUGGCUGCUCUCUUCUGCAGAUAAACUGAUGUGAAAGCUCCAGAUUGUACAUCUAAACAAUCCUGCUGUGUUCAAAGACAGCUUUUUUCUUUUUUUCUUUUUUUUCUGUUUUUGCCUUUGCAGUCAGGAGGUUAGAAAGAGUCUUGUGAUUCUUUCAUUAUUUAGCCAUUCCCUCCCGAACCCUACAAAGUGGAUGUCAGGGCUGAAAGCUGGCGUAAUACAACUUUAUUUUAAAAAAUAACAACAACUUACAGGUGUCGAACCAGCGCAGCCUCUGACCCGCCGCUGCAAUCAUGAGUAAUGUGGAGAUCCCGGCCGGCCUGAAGGAGCUGCUGCAGGGCUACACGGUGGAGGUGCUGCGCCGCAGGCCUCCCAACCUGGUGGAGUUCGCCGUGCAGCAUUUCACACGACUCCUGGAGAACCAAAAGAACGAGCAGCAAGCCAGGAAGAGCAGCAGCAAGCCCGCCGCCAAGGAGGUCACGUUUGAGACGGCGUCAAACAAAUCUAACGAGAACGACGAAGAGGAGGAGGUGAAGGAGACUCCCAAGGCCAGGACUGGGAGAAGUCGCAGAGUCGCAGUUUGUGCAGAAGCUUAUGACCCUGAUAACGAUGCGGACGACAACACUGAGCCUCAGGUCGUGCAUCCCAAAACAGAAGCGCAGCGCCAACGGCUUCAGGACGCGUGCAAGGACAUCCUGCUGUUCAAGACCCUGGAGAAGGAGCAAUUCUCUGAGGUCCUGGACGCCAUGUUUGAGGUUUUGGUCAAACCUCAGGACCACAUCAUCGACCAGGGAGACGACGGCGAUAAUUUCUACGUCAUAGACAGAGGCGUGUACGAUAUCUUCGUGGCGAAGGACGGUGUGAACGUGUGUGUGGGAAAGUACAACAACAAGGGCAGCUUUGGGGAGCUGGCCCUCAUGUACAACACGCCGCGAGCCGCCACCAUCGUGGCGACAGAGGAGGGCGCUCUGUGGGGCCUGGAUCGAGCCACGUUUCACAGGCUGAUUGUGAAGAACAACGCCAAGAAGAGGAGGACGUACGAGGCCUUCAUCGAGUGUGUGCCUCUCCUGAACUGCCUCGAGCUCUCUGAGAGGAUGAAGAUUGUUGAUGUUUUAGGAGUGCGAACGUUCAACGAUGGAGAUCGCAUCAUAGCACAGGGCGACAAAGCUGACUGUUUCUACAUUGUGGAAUCAGGGGAGGUGAAGAUACUGAUCAAAACUAAAACGAAGGCGGGGAAGCAGGACAACACAGAGGUGGAAGUGGCUCGUUGCUCCAGGGGGCAAUACUUCGGAGAGCUGGCGCUGGUCACCAACAAACCCCGCGCAGCGUCCGUCUACGCUGUGGGAGAAACCAAAUGUUUAGUGAUUGACGUCCAGGCGUUUGAGCGCCUGCUGGGUCCCUGCAUGGACAUCAUGAAGAGGAACAUCUCCCAGUACGAGGACCAGCUGGUGGCGCUGUUCGGCUCCAGUGAUGAUUUGAAGCGCUAGGACUGGACCCGAACCAGCGAGUGAACGCUAGCAUGAUGUAGCCGCUUUCUGAUCCCUCUGAGGCGCAUUUAGUGCACAAACUGUUCCCCUUUUUAACUUUAUACCGACACACAAAGCAAAACGCUGUCUUUCUGUGUGUGCGAAUCCAUUAAGAUAAUGUUUUACCGAGGUCCUCCGUCGAAAUAAAACAUGGUGUGAAAGCCAAUGAUAUGAGGCUGGGCUUUAUUUAAAAUUAUUUACUCUUGAAUUCGUCAAUGUUUUAUGCUAGAUCAGCCUUUGAAACAAAUAUUUAAACAAGUUUUUUGGGGGGUUAUUUUUCAUGGCACUUUCCAUAAAAAUAUAGUCAUCUCGGUUGUUUAUUUCUUUUUUUUUUUCAAAACUUUCCUGCUUUGAAAAUCAGUUGUUCAAUAUGUAGGACUAUUUGCUACGUUUUCUAAUGUUUAUAUUUAAUCGUAGGCCGUCCGUCAGAAACAGGAAAACCAAAACAAGAUGAAAAUGUUAAAUUCUGAGGAGCAAUUUAACAUUUGACGUUUUUUAGAAACUUUUUGAAAAUUCAUGCUUAAUUUGCUUGUUUCCCCAUAAACAUCCAGCCUUGAAACAUUAAGAAAAGCAAAUAAUUUUUAACACUGUAGGAAAUCCGUUACGCCAGCGUUUGUCAAAAUGGGGGAAGCGGCCCACUGAGGGCCGUCAGAAGGCGCUAUGGGGGCCUCAGGAAGUUGGAGAGAUGAGUUUAAAAAAAAAAAAAACAAGAAUUAAAAAAAUAUAAUCAUA